UCGCCUCCGGCCGGGGACUGACGUCCGUUUUAGUAUUAUUUUUAAUGUAAUUAUGGAAAACCAGCGGACGGACAUUUAGGGAGCAGGAUGGGCGCCGCGUCGGACGGGUUCGGGUGGCGCGCGCGCGUGGCGGCCAUGCGCGAGUCCCGCAAGCUCGUGCUCGUCAUCGUGGCCAUCGCGCUGCUGCUCGACAACAUGCUGCUCACCACCGUCGUCCCCAUAAUCCCGGAGUUCCUGUAUGACAUCCGUCACCCGGACGCGCCGCUGUCGGUGUCGCUGGAGGAGCUGACGCCGCCGCCGCCGCCGCCCACACCCUACUGCCCCUGCCUCAACCAGACCGCACCGAGCGUCGAGAACGUCACGCAGCUGAACCUGACGGCGGAGCGCGAGGAGCGGCACCAGGAGCUGAUCCACGAGACGGUGGCGGUGGGCGUGAUGUUCGCCAGCAAGGCGCUCGUCCAGCUGCUCGCCAACCCCAUCGUCGGCCCGCUCACGCACAAGAUCGGCUAUAGUGUCCCCAUGUUCACCGGCUUCAUACUGAUGUUCCUCUCCACUCUCAUAUUCGCGUUCGGUCGGUCGUACAGCGUGCUGUUCAUCGCGCGCGCGCUGCAGGGCAUCGGCUCCUCCUGCUCCUCCGUCUCCGGCAUGGGCAUGCUGGCCGAGAGAUACCCUGACGAUAAGGAACGUGGCAAUGCAAUGGGAAUCGCGUUGGGAGGUUUGGCGCUGGGAGUGCUCAUAGGUCCGCCGUUCGGUGGUCUGAUGUACGAGUUUGUUGGCAAAACCGCGCCCUUCCUGAUGCUGUCGGCACUUGCACUCGGAGACGGCUUACUGCAACUGAUGAUCCUGCAGCCGGGCGUGGUGCGGCAGGAGAGCGACCCGCCCUCGCUGAAGGCUCUCGUCACUGAUCCCUACAUCCUCGUCGCUGCCGGAGCCAUUACGUUCGCGAACGUGGGCAUCGCGAUGCUGGAGCCGAGCCUGCCGAUCUGGAUGGCGGACACGAUGGAGGCGCGGCGCUGGCAGCAGGGCGUCGCCUUCCUGCCCGCCAGCAUCUGCUACCUCAUCGGCACGAACCUGUUCGGUCCCCUCGGCCACAAGAUGGGCCGCUGGCUCGCCGCGCUCUCCGGACUCAUCAUCAUCGGCCUGUGUCUCAUACUGAUCCCCAUGGCGCGCAAACUGGAACACCUGAUCAUCCCGAACGCGGGGCUGGGCUUCGCCAUCGGCAUGGUGGACUCAUCCAUGAUGCCGGAGCUGGGCUACCUGGUGGACAUCCGUCAUGCCGCCGUCUACGGCUCCGUCUACGCCAUCGGAGACACCGCCUUCUGCUUGGGUUAUGCUGUCGGUCCGGCGUUCUCGGGCGCGCUGGUGAACAGCAUCGGGUUCGAGUGGAUGUUGGUGAUCAUCGCGCUGCUGAACUUCGCGUACGCGCCUGUGCUGCUGCUGCUGCGCGCGCCGCCCGCUCGCGACGAGAAACAGAGCCUCAUAAUCAGCGACAAGUCAUCGGUCCGCUAUGUGAGCUACCAGAACGAGGAGGAGGAGUAAAUCCGCCAUCUUGCCGCCGCCAUCUUGUCAUCGUCGCCAUCUUGUCGCCCGCCCGAUUCUGCGCAAAUAUUACCGCUUGUAACGUAGUCUCGUCCCAGUGCUGUAUAAAGCUAUAUUUAUAUCGAUUAUACAAAGUAUAGAUUAUAAUAUUAUCUUAAACUAUUCGAAUAUAUCUUCUAUAUACUGUAGUUACCAGUAGGAACCGAACCUACUCAGUAGUUAAGUGCCGCUCUUGACCAAAGUAUAUUCGAAGUCUUUAUUGUAGGUAUGUAUACUAAUCUGGCGAUUGUAGAGACUCCGAGGAGCUCGCCAGACCGAAAUAUACGAAUUUCACGGGUUUUAUAUAUAUCAUAUAACAUAUAUCGGUGACAUAUUUUGCGAUCGUGACUUUGACAAUAUUUAUUAUGUCCUACAUAUUAGACAAUAAAAAUUCUGUGCCGUCUUUUUAUGCGUUUUUAUGGCGUUUAUAUCGUAUAUUUUAUUCAUUGAAUAUAUCAUCGUAUGUCAUAAAAUGUAUUAUUAUAUAGCAUGCAUCGUUCUCAUAAUUUAACGACAAUAAUUCUCAAACCCGCUGUCGCUUAAGCUUAUUUUAUCGAUGGACCAAAACUUGAACUUGUGAACUUAACUUCUAUAUCCUCCUAUUUCUGAUACAUAAUAUAUUGUAACGGGUAAUAUCUAAGUGAUAUCAAGUAGCAGAUUUACUAUAUCUACUGUUUUUAUGUCUUAAUGUUUACAUCUAUUUAGUGUAAAGUAGCUGUUUGAAAUAUCUUGAACUUUGUCAAAUGUGAAUGAUUUUCGAUGCCAGAAUAUAAUGUAGAAGUAGUUUCAAGUAGGAAAUUGUGCAUGUUAGAUUAAGAAUAUAAUAUCAUCAUAAUGUGAAAUAGAGCUUAAAAGUAUUAAAGUUAACUGUGUUGUGUAAUUCAAAUAUAUCAGAUUACGUAUCCGGCUCGCAGGACCAACUGAUGUCACUCCCCUGGACAUUCUGCUUUUGAUUGUAAAUAAAUUUAAAGGACAAAAUUAUUAGCUUAUGAAAUGUAGGAAUUCAGUGUUAUUAUUAUUAGUAUAGAUGCUUAAUAAGAAUCAUUGUAGGCUUUCAUAAAGUCAUUUAAGAUCACAUCACCUUUUAGAGUAGGGUACACCCUCUUUAUCAUCAAAAUAGACUUUGGACAAUAAUAUAAAAAUAUUUUCGUACUCGCCAUAAUUUAUUUGAUAGAAGGAAUCACCAAAAAACAACAGAUAGCAAAUUUAUUUAAACAAUUUAAUCGGUCUGAACUUGUCUAAUUAAGGAACUAACCUCUAAGAAGAGAUUUUGAAAUGUUUGAAUGUUUCUAAAUUCCACACGGAAAUUCCCCACGCCACCCUCGUAUGGCUGCCUGGAUGGCUUUGGGGAGACUUGUAUUAUUGUCCAUUGUGAUAUUCCACUCAUAUCAUCGGGUAGAGUAAGACAAUUAAUGCCUGCUUUCUGAAGGUUUUGUACAGGAGUUUAUCUUAUCAAUAACGUUUUUGAUUGGUUAACACGUUACUAGUUAGCCAAUUAAGAUAGUAAAUAAAGUCCUGUUAAAUUCAGAAACUGGUCAUAUGUUAUAUUCAUCGUCAUUAGGAUCACGCUUGCGGUAGACCAAGUUCCAUUAGCUGCUAGCCACUAGCUGCUAGCCAGUAACUGCUAGCUACUAGCUUAUACUUCACAUAGAGUUAAAGAACAGUAUAAUCACGGUAACUUCCAGCGAUAGACGUAGUGCAUGUAUUUAGUAGGAUCAGAAUAUUUUAGAGUUCUGUAGGUUCGUUGAAGCAAAUCAUUCAUAUUUGAUUCAGGUUUCAAAGCUGGGUCCUUAGCUAAGAUGCUAUCGUUAAUUUCACUGUCGAAAUUUGAACCCGACAACGUUAGGGAUUAAAGUGACAAAAGACAUGUCACCUACUUAGUGGAGACUAGUUUUUUUCGACGAUGAAAUUUACAAAGGCAUUUUGUCUUAGGUCCCAGUUAACAUUAAACUUAUCAAUAGCUGGAGAGGGUCCUUAUUCACAUACUUUAUUAUCAUCGCUGUUCGUUUCGUUGAGAGUCAUUUGAGUAUUUCUCGAAGCGUAACUUCUCUCAUUCUAAGAUUAUUUCUAAUGUAUGAUGUAGUAGGUUUAAUAUACGACAGAAGCCGAGGGCUAAAAGUGUAUGGUAGUAAUAACUAAUUAGAUCUCUACGACGCUAUGCGAUGGUGUCGCUAGACAAUAGUAAUAUUGAAUUUAAUAUAAAUGUGAUAGUUGCUAGUGAAAUUUUGAUGCUUUUUAUGUAAAACGAAAUAUACUUAUAGCGUACGAACGGUACAAUUUAUUUUUUAAACGUAAGUACUUAAUAUAUAUUAGUGUAAACUUUGUUUAAACGCCGGUGCCAAAUGUGUAACCUGAGUUAAUGACUUCACACUUUUAAAAUAGUUGGAUGUGAUAAACUUCUUUUAUUUCCUGGACGAAAAACAAAAAGUAUAAUUUGUAGAUGGCGCAGCUUUAGUAACCUCCUAAGUUUAACAAGAGUUUUAAGUUUGUGUUGUACUACGUAAAUUCAAAAUCGUCUUUUCAUGUCCGUUUUAUAACUUCUAUUCUAUUUUACACUUUGAUCGUAUCUACGAUUGUUUUUCUUACCUACAUGUUUCAACGCCAUCUACAGAUUAAAGCAAACAUGUUUAUAUUUGUAUCUCAAGUUGCUAAGUAUAAUAUAUU